AUGUAGGCUGUAUUGUAGGUUAGACAUACUGCAAAAUGACUCAUCCAAUGUUAAUUGUUUACGGAAAUAGAAAGCAACUAAGAAAAAAAAAUCCCCGUAAAAAACACAAAAAUCCCCGUCUGCGCAGACUCAGAGGGAAGUACUAACGUACUGUACACAGAGGAUAGACGUGUGAUAGGGAGUUAUAACUUUUCACAGCAGUUUAUGAAGUUUAACAGCAUGGUGGCGUCUGAUUCAAACAUGAUUCCUGUCUGGUUUAUCAUCUUCGCUUUGUCACUAGUUUCCGUCCCCUCCUCAACGGAAGGUAAAGGACUAAUCCGGAGCAGAAGGCAGGGGUCGAACUUGUGUGCUGAUGGCACCUACGUCCAUGGCAACAGGAGCUGUUGUAAGUGCGGUGCAGGUCAGCUACUGAUACAGCACUGCACUGUGAAUCCAAAUGAUCGAAAAUGCGACCACUGUAAGGAAGGGACGUACACAAGUCACCCUAAUUUCCAGGAAUCCUGUGAACCCUGCACACAGUGCGAUGACAAAGCCAAUCUAAAGGUGGAUGAACCCUGUUCACCUGACAGAAACACUAAGUGUCGAUGUAAAGAGGAUCACUAUUGUGACAAAGAAGAACCCUGUACAUUCUGCUUCCCUUGUAAAGUGUGUGGUGCUUAUGGGAUCAAAGUAGCCUGUACAGCCACCAAUAACACCGUGUGCAAUGGGGGAAAAACGUUAAUUAUAACACUCUGCAUAAUUAUACCAAUUUUAAUUUUAAUUGUGCUCAUCGUCCUUUGGAGAUGGAAAAGACGGAGGGCACAACAGAACAUAAACCAACAGGAAAAUGGCAAUGCAACUCUGGUGGAGAUGCGUCCUCUUAAAGUUCCACGUGUGGAUCUCACGCCUCACCUGCCUGAGAUUGCAGAACAUAUUGGAUUUAAUGAUAUGAAGGCGAUAGCAAUGCGUUACGGGAUACCACAAGGUACAAUUGACAAUUGUCAACUGGACCACCCAAAUCAUGCUCAGCAGCAGACAAUCCAACUACUGAAGAUCUGGGUGGAGAGUCAGGGCAUGGACGCCUCAGUGAAGUUGAUACAAAACCUGGAAAAUAGUGGCAAAAAGCUCACAGCAAAGAAAGUGGUCGAUAUAUUGACUUAAAAUGUUUACAUGAUAGUAACUGUAAAUGUUAAAUUUAUGUGUCUAUUAUGAAUUUUUCUGUCUUUACUUGAACUUAGUAAAACCAGAGUUAGAAUUUGGAUCAAUUUGAUCAACAACUGUGUUACGGAGGAAUGAUGUGGAGGAAUCAAUAUUCUUUUCUGUUACUAUUUCAAUCCACAUUUGAAUGUCAAAUUGUUUACAAAGAUUAGAUCAGAGUAGUAUUAACACAUUGAAUUACACUCCUUUCCUGUGUUGAAGAGCUACGAUAUAAUAAUGUCUGGAGAGAGUUGACAUGUUAUCUGUGAGUGAUGCACAGCUUGCCACAGCUUGUAUAUUGUGUAAUAAACCUCAAUAAAUGAUAAUUAGUGAAGUGCCAAAUGUA